AUGUCGGAGAUUACAACCUCCAAGGUUGGGAGCGGCAGAGGUAAUGUACCAAUCACUUUGAGCGACGCAUACUUCAUGUCGUACACAACUCAACGACCACUAUCCUCAGUAAGGCCUGCAUCCGAGCCAAGGCCAGCAGUAGGCGACAGCUCCAUUAGGGGUCGCCUCUGCCGUGGUAGUCGGCAAAUCGAAUCCGGGGUUUGGGUUGGGGACUGCCACAGGAGCGGCGACGGUGACCAGAGCGGUCGCGACGAGAACGGUGAUGAAACGGACUGG